AUGCAGACCUGUACUCGUCGGAUACGGCUUCCCCAAAGUGCGCUCAAGGCACCGAGUAAAUGCGCCAGUGAACGCCCUUCUCCACGCCAAUUCUCGUACAAGCACCCCCGCCAGAUUCUAAUCGCACACAAGGGCUCGCCUCGGCCACAGCUUCCUUUUCUCUACCCCUCAGGCCAACACUUUUCCAAUGGCCAAUUGCUGCGACUGUUCUCGAUCAGUGCAAGUCACAAGAAGUUCAUCAAGGAGACGGCGAAAUUAAGCGUGCGCUAUACUGUCGUAAUCUUUCUCAUCACAUCGUGCUUCAGUAUCGCCAGUCUCGGCAUACUGAGCGAGCAGCAAGAGCGGGCAUUUCCCUCGCCGCAUGAGUGGAGCUUGAUCACCAGAUUCAGAUGGAGGAGGGGCAAAUGGUGGAUGGUGCCAGAGAACAAUGAGGAAGAGGGCUUCCCCAACUGGGCACGUGUGUACUCUGAGCUCCAAUAUGCGCUGAACAGAUUGGAGGACCCAAACAAAGAUGGUGCAGGUAUUCAAGAGCAGGAGGAGGGAGGCAUAUUGGUUCCCGGGCUAGGCAAGGCAGGAUUCGAUGUCUCUGCUAAGAGCGAAGAAUGGCGGCAGGGCUACUACGAGGUACUCAUGGGCAUGGCAAGCGCAGCGGAGCGCUUGGACGGCUGGGUUACCACGAAGUCACGGAGAAACGUAUGGGCACCCGAGUUUGUUCCAUCGGCCACGAAUGCGCGCCCAAAAGCAGUCCUGCCUGGCAUGCCUGAAAUCCCUGACGAAGAGCAUCGUGUACCUGCUGCCGACGUCCCUGAAUCAUUUUAUCUCAAGAUCAUCACGUCAAAGGGAUUCACAACAUAUCAGCGACUCUCCGCUGCUCUUGGCUAUGCUGAUUGGCUGAAAUUCAAAGAAUUACCAGACUCGGCGGAAGACAUGUAUCGCUGGGCACUCGAUAUUGCAGUCUCAGGCUUGCCAACGUCCGAGCCUGACGCAGUCAUCAAUAGCGAGACUGGCAUCCUUUCAGCUACAGCACCAAAAGAGGCCAUCACGCCCAACAUUGUGUAUGCGGCGACCAAUCUGGCUAUCUUCCUAGCAGAGCAGCGCAGGAUUGCGUCUGCUCUUCCCAUCUUCAUCUCUGUUCUUCGUGCGCGACUCGAUGCCAAAGAGGCUCGUGUGGAAACCAUUGAGCCCAAGAAAGACUCCACCUUGUUCGGAACCCUUUUGAGUCUCCUGAAAGAGCCAGACUAUCCCCCAGUCCCCCCAUCUGGUGACGAGCCAUUGCUUCGCAAAGAGGCUGACCGCUGCGAAGAAGCAGCUUUGCGAAACUACAUUGGCGAAAUCCUCUUUGCCAGCGCUGGCGCAUCUGCGUCGCAGCGGCAACAAGGGCUUUCGUGGGUCCGCGAUGGUGUGUCUACCUCCAAGAUUGCACAAAGCCUUGACAUUGUACGUGCGCAAGACGAAAUACGAAAGAAAUGCGAGAAAUGCGAGGAAGUCGGUCUCGAGUCAUGGGGUAAGAUCAUGACCUACCUCGCUGCCGAAGCUCGUGAGAAACUUGAUGCGGCAACAAGCGGAGGGCUUAUAGGUCUGCUGUGGAAGAUUCGAGGCACAAAAGCUCUCGAAGAAGCGGUUGAGAAUCUCGAGGGUGAAGAGGAAGGAGUCACGAUGAGGCUGAACAAGCUGAGAAGCAGAAUGUUGAAGGAAGAAUACGCCGAGCUGGAUCGCAAGUAUGCAAGGACAUUUGUGUUUUAG